CAUUGUUCAGGAGUUCCCCCAGUCAGCUGUUUACUGCCACGGGAGGAGGAUACUGCUGCUGCUCUUCCAUCAUCACACUAGUGUAGCCUUAACUAGCAACCCUUCGCUUUAAUUACUGCUUCUGGAUUAACAGGCAAAGCCGACUUCUCGGGGGAGACAGAGCACGAUUUCCAGCAGCCUCUCCCUGAUAUCGCCUUCGUAGUUGCUGUAGCAGUGUCCACAGUGGCUGUUGAUUAUGGCCAUGUUCAAAUGGAUUCGUGGCCUGGUAAGCCGUGGACCCGGUGAGCAGCAACAUGGUACGGCAGAAGUGGUAAACAAGACCUGUAGUGACCCAGCCGGAGCUACCCUGCUUGAACAUACUAAUCAGUUCCAGGUGGGAGAGGAUACUACACUCUUACCGUCUGUGUCGCAGGGACAUGAUGAAUCUACAGCAGGCUCGGCAUACAAGCAAAAUGUGCCUGUCAGUUGCACUCAAGGUCAAAGUUAUUAUGGAUCUUUGGAUUAUCAUUUCCCGGAAAACCCCAGGUGUUCAACGGGUGGUAAUACAGAGCAAGCAGAGAUAACCCAGAAAGAGUGGUAUCUUGCCUCGCUACCUGAAAUGCCAAUAUCCACACAAUCCUCCUCCAAGACAACUUUGUCACUGCUUAAACCAACAUCAUCAGAUGCACAAGUGACAGUAUCUCUGGACGUUCAGCCAGCAACAUCAUUGUCAUCACGCACUAGCAGGAUAACACCAGGCCCACAUGACGCACACAUGUCGUCACAGCACAGAGUGACAUCACAAACACCAGACGCACACAGGAUAACAUCACAACCAGACAAAGACAAAAUGACAUUACAUUUACCAGACAUAAACAGGAUAUCGCAACCAGCAGACUCUCACAGGAUGGCAUCACAGCCACCAAACUCAUACACAGUUUCAUCACAAUCACUAGAUAAAAGCAGGAUGACAUCACAAACACUAGACAUUUGCCUCACAGUGUCGCCGCUCCUAUCAGUGACAAACUCAGCACAAACUCUACCAGACACACAGAUAAAAGCAAUAACACCGUCAGCACAGCAGAUCCUGCCACCAGGAGAUUUGUAUCUGACGCCACAACCAUCAUCACCUGCAGACCGGAACCUGACACCAUCACCAGGAAAUGUAUAUCUGACCUCACUGUCAUCACCAGACAAACAGCUGACACCCUCAUUAUCACCCCUAGAAACCCAGCAAAAGUCAUCACCCAGUGCACAGGUAAAAACUUCAACAUCAGCAGCAGCACACAUACAGCUCACAACACUAUCACCACCAAACACACAACUGAGACCACCACCACUAGAUAUACAGCUGACAAUGCCACCCCCAUCACUGUUACACAAACAACUGAUAUCACCACUCCCAGCAGCAGCAGAAGAUACCCAGAUGAUACCACCAACACCAGAAGACAUGCAGCUAACUCUACCAUCAGCAGCAGCAGCAGACUUAGAGCUGAUACUACCACUGCCAUCAGCAGCAACAGAAUCACUACAAACAUCACUAACAAACACACAGCAGAUACCACCACUGGUGGCAGUAGACUCACAGUUGACACCACCACUACCAGCAACGGCAGAUACACAACUGAGAACACCACUGUCACCCACACAUCAGAACCGACCACCAACACAGACUCAGCAAACAUUGUCAGAUAGACAAAUGACAGAAACAUUACCACCACCACCAGUAUUGGACACACUGCCACCAAAUAUGCCUCAGACCACAAUCUCUUUAGCACAGACUCAUCUAUUAUCAAAUACACAGUCGACAGUGCCAGUAGCAGCAGACACACUACCUGCAGCAGCAGGGGAGACACCACCAGCAAGGGAAACACUACCACCACCAGGAGGGGAAACACUACCACCACCAGGAGGGGAAACACUACCACCACCACCACCAGGAGGGGAAACACUACCACCACCACCACCAGGAGGGGAAACACUACCACCACCACCACCAGGAGGGGAAACACUACCACCACCAAGAGGGGAAACACUACCACCCCUACCAGGAGGGAAAACACUACAACCACCAGGAGGGCAAACAUUACCACCACCACCACCAGGAGGGGAAACACUACCACCACCACCAUCAGGAGGGGAAACACUACCACCACCACCAUCAGGAGGGGAAACACUACCACCACCAGGAGGGGAAACACUACCACCACCACCACCACCAGGAGGGAAAACACUACCACCACCACCACCACCACCACCAGGAGGGAAACACUACCACCACCACCACCACCACCACCAGGAGGGAAAACACUACCACCACCACCAGAGGGAAAACACUACCACCACCAGGAGGGGAAACACUACCACCACCACCAGCAGGUGAUACACUACCAC